AUGGAGGACGACGAUCCGGCAGCUGCUGGCCUGACCGUCCCAGAGGCCUUCAUCCGCCAGGUCAAACUCAGCGUCGCAAGCAACGAGGAGAUCAAGCUCAUGGCACAUCCGGUGGAGGACCCCAUCCCGAUCACGCACUGCAGCCAGCUCCAGGACAACCCAUCGCUGGGGCUGCCCCUGCAGGACGGCAGUAGAUGCGAGUCCUGCGGCGCCACACAGCUCGACAAAUGCGAAGGGCAUUUCGGCUUCAUCAAGCUGCCGGAACCCAUCUACCACCCCAGCCACAUCGCCGAGCUGGGGAAGAUACUCAACCUCGUCUGCCUCCGUUGCCUCCGCCUCAAGAAACCCAAGAAGGGCACCGGGAAAGAAAGCAGAUUCACCUCAUGUUCAUACUGUCAGGAUCUCACACCACUAUAUGUCAGUCAAGUGAAGAAAUCCAAUGGCGCCCAUAGCUUGGAACUGAAAGUGCCAUUAAAGCAAGAGGUUGCUGAUGGGUUUUGGAACUUCCUUGAUCAAUUUGGCUUCCACACAAGCGGUUCAUCUCACCGCCGCCCCUUACAUCCAAAAGAGGUUCAGGACAUAAUGAAGAAGAUCACUGAAGAAACAAGAGCUAGGCUUGCUGCUAGGGGAUACAAUCUUCAGGAUGGAUUUGUGAUGGAUAACAUGUCCGUCCCACCCAAUUGCCUGCACAUUUCAAAUAUGUUAGAUGAGAACACAGAAAUGUGCCCUCCUGAAACACCAAAAGGCUUGUUGUGGAAAGUCCUACGCACGAUAGAACAAAUCAAAAGCUUAAAUAUCAACCACCCAAAUUUUGAAGCACGUGAGUUAGGGGCAGAUGAUCUUCAGGUAGCUGUCGCCGAUUACAUGAAUAUGGGAGGGGCAGCAAAGGUUUCCCAGCAUGCCACCUUUACAAGACAGCCUGCACCAAAACAGUGGCAUAAAAAUAUGAAGGCCCUCUUCCUUAGUAAGAGUUCAAGCUACACGUGCCGUGCAGUGAUCACUGGUGACCCAUACAUUGGCCUUGAUGUAGUAGGGGUGCCUGAUGAAAUAGCAAGAAGAAUGUCAGUACAAGAAUGUGUCACAAACUACAACAUUGCUCGGCUGCAAGACAUGAUGGAUAAAGGACUAUGCCUGACAUACACUGAUCUCAAUACCAACACAUAUGACUUGGAUGGGAAGAAAGGAAACAAGAAGCGCAUCAUGCUGAGGGUUGGUGAAACUGUAGACCGAAGAGUCCUUGACGGGGAUCUCGUCUUCCUCAAUAGACCACCAAGCACUGACAUGCACUCAGUUCAAGCCUUAUAUGUCCACGUCCAUGAUGACCACACCAUAAAGAUCAACCCGCUCAUCUGUGGCCCACUUGGAGCAGAUUUUGAUGGCGAUUGUGUUCACAUCUUCUUCCCAAGAUCAGUUCCAGCAAGGGUUGAAGCUGCAGAGCUCUUCACUGUGGAGAAACAACUGCUGAACUCCCACAAUGCGAAGCUGAACUUUCAGAUCAAGAAUGAUUACCUACUAGCUCUGAAGAUAAUGUGUGACAGAUGGUAUUCUAGAGAAAAGGCAAACCAAAUUGCCAUGUUCCCAUCAGGGAUGAUUCCACCGCGCAAUCGUCAAACUAUUCGCGAUCGUUGGACUAUUCCUCAGAUUCUACAGGCUACCGAUGCAUUAAGAAUCUUACCAAGCCACCCGGACACUGUUGGAGCCUCAGUUACUGCCAUCAUCUCAUCAACUCUUUCAGAAAAGGGUCCAAGGGAGGCCAUAAAGCUCAUAAAUCUUCUGCAGCCCCUCCUAAUGGAAUCAUUGUUUAUGGAUGGUUUCAGCAUUAGCUUGAAAGAUCUUGAUGGCCGGAGUGCAAUGCAGAAGGCAAAUCAAAGUAUUUCGCUUGAGAUCGAUGAGUUCAGCAAGUCAACUGUGGACUUCAUUGCUAAUUCCUCUGCCCUUGGUCUGCUCGUUGAUCCAAAAAAUGAUUCAGCUCUGAAGAAAUUAGUUGAGCAGAUUGGUUUCUUGGGCCGUCAACUGCAAAGCACUGGUAGGUUAUAUUCUAGCAACUUAGUGGAGGACUGCUACAACUUUCUGGAAAAGUGCAGCUGCAGCACCAAGUGUUAUGAUCCACCAAAGGGACAUGAUUUUAUUACGAGUUCAUUUUACAAUGGUUUAAACCCAUAUGAGGAACUACUACACUCAAUAUCAGUAAGGGAAAAGAUAGAGCGCGCAUCAUCUAAAGGACUGGCUGAACCUGGCAAUCUUUUUAAGAACAUGAUGGCAAUGCUCCGAGAUGUCACAGUAUGCUAUGAUGGAACCAUGAGAACAUACAGCAACUCAAUUGUACAAUUUGAUUCGACAAAUGUAUCACGUUCUGUGACACCAGGUGAUCCUAUUGGCAUCAUAGCAGCCACUGCAUUUGCAAAUGCUGCAUACAAGGCAGUGUUAGAUCCAAAUCAGAAAAACAUGACAUCUUGGGACUCAAUGAAGGAAGUACUUCUUACCGAUGCUUGCUCUAAAACUGGUACCAUUGACCAAAAGGCAAUUUUGUAUCUGAACAAAUGCUUUUGUGGACUCAAGUUUUGUAUGGAAAGAGCAGCACUCAGGGUGCAAUCCUGCUUAAAAGGAAUCAAAUUGGAGUAUUGUGCCACUGAGGUUUCCAUCAAGUACCAGCAAGAAGCAACUCAAGCAGCACAAUGCCUUGUUGGUCACAUUCACCUAAAUAAGGAGCAAUUGAAUCGGAUGGAAAUAACUAUGGGAAAUAUUCUUCAAACAUGCCAAAAAAUUAUCAAUAAACAUGUAACGAAAAAUAGGCAGUUGAUGCAAAUUUUGAAGACAACUGAAAUAGUUUCAAGUGAAUACUGCUUGUGUGACCAGGAUAUAGGUGAUGAUCGAGCCUUGCAAGUUUCCUGCUUGCAGUGUUUCAUCCAUGCAAGCACCACCACAGCGCUAUCUGAAUCUAAUGUUAUCCAGAUGAUGACCAAUACCAUUUUUCCUAUACUCUUGGGCACGAUUAUAAAAGGUGAUCCUCGAGUACAGGAGGCUAAGUUGAUAUGGGUUGAACCACAAUUAACACGUUGGGUCAAGAACUCCAGUGCAGAGCAAAAAGGAGAACUGGCACUGGAAAUCACAGUGGAAAAGAUAGCGGCUGCAGAGAGCGGUGGCACCUGGGGAGUAGUAAUGGAUGCAUGUGUCCCUGUGAUGGAUCUAAUUGACACCACCAGGUCUGCACCUUGCAAUAUCCAAGAAGUUCAAAAGGUGUUUGGCAUUUCCUGUGUCUUUGAUCGAGUCGUGCAGCACCUUUCCAAGGCUGUUGGGAUGGUUACAAAAUCAGUUCUCAUGGAGCACCUGAUAACCGUGGCAAGCAACAUGACCUGCACAGGUAGCUUACAUGGCUUCAAUAGAUCUGGUUCCAAGGCCACAUUCCAGUCCCUGAAGGUUCAGGCGCCAUUUACUGAAGCUACACUGUCUAGACCAAUGCAAUGUUUCCAGAAGAGUGCAGAGAAGGUAGACUCUGAUCAGCUGACUAGUGUUGUGUCAACCUGCUCUUGGGGUAAUCACGCAGCAAUCGGGACUGGCUCAACUUUCAAAAUCCACUGGAACGAUGAGAACCAGUCUGCAAGCAACGAAAUACUCAGAGAGUACAAUUUAUAUGACUUCCUCGAAGCCGUUGGAACAAUAGGAGCUACUGAACAGAAGACAGAUGCUCCUCACAGUUUAUGCUUGUAUGACGUUGACCAGCUUCCAGAGGACGAAGUUCAAGAGGAUGAGGUGGUAUGUUUUGGUGGAACCAGUCCAAUAUCAUGGACAGACAAGCCAAAAGGUGAUUCCCUGCUGCAUGAUUCUAUGGGUAGGGCUGGAAUGUGCAGCACUGUACAGGAACAGCAGGAAAUGCAAAAUAAGAUAAAAUGGAACUCAGUUGCAAACUGGAGAAAUGAUAAGCCAAUGGGUCCUCCCCGUACAGCUUUUGAAGAAUCAACUAGCACCAGAGGACAGAACAAGAGACAGUUUACCGGCCAAGUAUAUGCGCGAAAGCAACCAAAGCAUAGCUGGAGCCAAGCUGCGACACACCAAAAUAACAAGCUAAGUUGGUGUAGAGAAAAUGUUGCAGGCGCACAGGACUUUGCCAAUGCAGAAUCAUCUAGCUCAGGUGGAUGGAAUACGAAGAAUAGUGGUUUUGGUCGAGGUGGUCGUAGAGGUGGCGGUAGAGGCAUGGACUUUGCCAAUGCAGAAUCAUCUAGCUCAGGUGGAUGGAACAGGAAGAAUAGUGGUUUUAGUCGAGGUGGUUGUAGAGGUGGCGGUAGAGGCAUGUGGAAAUCAGAGGGAUCACAUCAUGGAGGCAGUAACAGCACGAACUGGAGAGCCCAGAAUAACAACAGUGCUAGACAAGGUGGGAUCAGUUAUAGUUUCACACCAGUGGAACAGCAGAUAUACACACAUGUCGAACCAAUCAUUAAGAAUGUAAAGAGGAUCAUCCGUGAAUCAAGAGAUGGCAUGAAGCUUUCUCAGGAUGAUGAGAUGUUCAUCGUGAACAAGAUUCUGAUGUACCACCCAGAGAAGGAGAAGAAGAUGGCCGGUCAGGGCAACUACAUUAUGGUCGAUAAGCAUCAAACUUUCCCUAGCAGCAGGUGCUUGUACGUUGCAUCCUCAGAUGGAUCGAGUUCAGAUUUCUCUUACAAGAAGUGCCUAGAGAAUUUCAUCAGGAUUCACUACCCACAUGCUGCGGAUUCGUUCUGCAGAAAGUACUUCAAAUGA